CCUGAAUUCCAAAUAAAAAAAAGGGCAAGUAUUUAACAAGACUACGAGUCUACAAGUCCACGACUUGAUCAAUUUGUUCUUCAUCUAUUUCCUUAUUCUCAGGGAAAUCCAGGGUUUUUUUAAAUUCUUAUUAGUCUCUCUUUCUCUCUUGUUUCGUUGUCCCUCUCAAAUCAGAAAAGUAUCUGCCUUUUUAGUUUUUAAAUUCAUUCCCCUUCGAUCUUGCUUUUUCAUCGGUGAUUGUUCUCAAAAGGAGAAUCUCUACUUUUUCAAUUAAGCAUUACCAUUGUCCGUUUCCUUGUCUUUGGUUCUUUGAUUCUCUUAAAGAGGAUUUUUAUACAUAUUCUGUCGAAACCCUUUUUCUGGGUUUUGUCUGCGUUUGUUUUCUUCUUCUAAUUUACAAUUAAAAAUAGUUCUCUGCGCUCAAAGUUUGUAGCUUUUUAUAUCUAGCUGGGCACGUCUAAUGGGCUAAAUCGGUCAAAGAGGUGUAAGCAAAUUCUUCAUUGAUGAUCAACUGUUUAAAAGACUCAAUACAUGUUUUGAUGAGUGUUUUGCUAUCUACUAGUGAUGCUGAUGAUGAUCAUGAAGAGGUUCUUGAACUUGUCGAUGGUCAUAGGAAUGAUGUGGUUGGAGAAGAAGUAGUUGCAAAGGAAGACGAAGGUCAAAUUGUUGGUGACACUCUCACUCUGAAAAGUAGUCUUAGAAAGGCGGAUUCAAGUUCAACCGAACCUGAGAAGAGGGAGAAGAAGAAGGUACAAUGGGUGGAUGUGAUUGGGAAGAAACUUGCUGAGAUUCGAGAAUUCGAACCUAGUGAAGAAGAUGAUAUUGACUCUGAUCGAGGAAAAACCUGUGUUUGUGUUAUCCUGUGAUCCCUCCACUUUAGUUUAACUGGGAGAUCUAAGGCAGAAGACAAAGCUGGUGGCUUCAGCAUUAAAAUCCAUAUACAUGGAGGUACAUAUAGAAUCUGCAUUUGUGUUCAACAGCCAAUCUUAAGUUUGCGCUUGAAGCCAUUUGAUAAUUCCUGAUUUAACACGGAAGCAUUCUUUUUCUUCUUCUUUAGAAGUGUAUAAAGUAUAGGUCUUCAACUUCAUUUGUUUCUUCAAUCAUUUAAUGAAGUUCUUUCUCAUUCAGAUUGUGGAGCAAGUUAUAAAGUUUAACAAUUGCUAUGUGCAUCGAUAUCUAGUUCUUCGAUUUAGUUCAAAUGAAUUUGACAGCACUAUGUUGGAUCAAUGUCUAAGUGACAACUUCAAUUUGAGAGAAAACUGCGGCUUGUUGUCUUUCACGCCGUCCUUUUUUACA